AUGAAGUCUACAGGGGCUUCCGUAGACAAUGUGCGUGUGUCGUGCCGGUUUCGCCCACUGAAUGCUGCGGAGCGCCACAGUGCCCUCUGUGUGAGCUUCGACGGCCCGCGGCACGUCAUCUGCCGUGUUGUGCCGAGCCCGUGUGGCGCGCAGCAGAUGUCCUGCCCGCGUGGAGCGGUGACCGAAGAGAGCUGCUCCAUGAGUGCGAGUACUGGUCCAGUGGAGAGCUAUCGCUACACCUUCUCGCGCGUGUACAGCCCCGACACGACGCAGCAGCAGCUGUACGAAGAUGUUGCGCGCCCUAUUGUAGACGACGUGAUGCGCGGGUACAAUGGCACGGUGCUGGUCUAUGGGCAGACGGGCAGCGGCAAGACGCACACCAUGUUUGGUCCCCAUGCGGCGGUCAACGGCAACGGUCACGAUGAAGGUGGGGGGCCUUCGGCAUCUCAUCUGUACAGCGAUGAGAGCGCUGGUAUUGCGCCGCGUGCGGUGCGGCAUCUCUUUCACGCGAUCCACAGCGCCGAUGAGACGGUGGAGUUUGAGAUACGCGUGCUGUUUGUUGAGGUGUACAUGGAACGUGUGCGGGACCUUUUGAACCCCGCUGGUGGCAACCUGCACGUGCGGGAGGACGCAUCGGGCUUCUACGUGGAAGGCUGCGAAAUGCCGUAUGUGACGAGCGUGGAGGAGGUGCUGCGGCUUGUGCGCAGCAGCUUUCGGCGGCGCGUUACGACGGCAACGGUAAGCAAUGACGCAAGCAGCCGAAGCCACUGUGUGCUGAAUAUCACAGUGAGGANUUUCGGCGGCGCGUUACGACGGCAACGGUAA